UCGCCGAGCCUCGAGGCCUCUCCUCCUUCACUAGGGCUUCUCCGUCGCCCCUUCCCCAUGGAGAAAUCCCUUUCCCUUGUAAAGCUGGCGGGCUUCCUUUCUCCGCUUUCCCCCAAAGCCUGGAGACCGGCGGUGACCCCGAGUUUGGAGGCGGGAAAUUAGGGAGCCCCCGAGAUUCUGGCCUAGCUGCUGGACCCGCGUGGCCGCGGCCAAGGCCCUGAACUGCCCCAGGCCUCACUUUCCCCGUUCAAUGAUAAGGCUUGGACUGCAGGGUCCUUGAGAUUCUCCUCCACCUCCCUCUAGAUGCCUUAGUUUUCUUAGAUGGAAAAUAAGGGAUUUAGGCCACUUGACCCCUGGGCAGGUAUCUUACCUACCUCUGCCUGCCUCCAUUUCUCCUCUGUAAAAUAGGAGUAGUCAGAGCACCCUGCUUCCCAGAGUGGUUGUGUAAGGAUCAAAAGGGACUAUGUUUGCAAAAGCGCUUUAAAGGCGCUAUGCAAACCUUACAGGGAGGGAUGGUCAAGGUCAGGUCUGAGUUGAGCUCAUCUUAUGCUUGUCUCUUCUCUCCUUCCCCCCUUCCUCUCCAUUCUCCUUCCUCACCCCCUCUCUCCAUUUCCUUCCCCUUCUCCCCGUUCCCCAGCAGCUGCUUUCCCAGCAUGGAUGAGGCAACCCGCAGGAAACCCCGCCUGGCAGCCUCUCUGCAGAUUCCCUGGAGGCCUUCGGAAGGCUCUGCCCAGGUUUCCUCGGAGACUCAGCCUUCCAAAGCUGAGCCCCUUAGGGGAGAAGAGAAGAAGAAGAAGCUUGGGAACGAGGCUGCAGGGGAUGGGCCACUUCCAGAUCCUCCAGCGGUGGUGAGGGAGCUGAUCCUUGGCCACAAAGACCCCCCUCCAGGCCAGGCCCUGAGCCUCCUGACUCGCUAUGCAACAGGCAUGGGCCUUACUCUGCGCUUUGUGGAGAGUGAGGUCCAAAUUCCCUUUCGACACUUCUCUGUCUGUGCGGUGCUGGAUGAGGUGUCCUGUCCUGAGGGCACUGGGAGCAGCAAGAAGGAAGCAAAGGGACAAGCAGCCAUCCUGGCUCUCAAUUGUGUCAGGACCCAGCUGGAAAACCCAGCCCCCUUCAAAACUCCCAACAACUUCCCGCUCUGUUCUUUAACUGCAGAAAACAUUCUGACCCACGAGCAGCGUUGUGCAGCUGUGGUGAGCUCCGGCUUUGACCGCUUAAUAGGUGAAAACUCCCCAUACCGAGGCUGCAAGCGGACCAUAGCAGCUGUCAUCCUUGAAAGGGAGGUCCCUGAUGACAGGGGCAGCUGUAGGGAGACCUAUGAGCUGGUUGCUUUGGGUACGGGCUCAGGCGGCUACAGGGGCUGGAUAGAAUUCAUGGGCCGGAGACUCCACGACACUCACAGCUUGGUCAUUGCCCGCCGUGCCUUGGUCAGGUUCCUCUUCCGGCAGCUCCUUCUGGUGGCUAGUGGGGGUCCAGAGGGGGCAGAACGUUCAGUGCUGACCCCCCGACCAGGCCCUGGUCCUCCCCUUGCCCUGAAGCCCAAAAUCUUCUUACACUUGUACCUCAGUGACACACCUGCAGGGGCUGCACAUGACAUCUAUCUCCCUUCCCCAGGGGGCUCUCUCCACAGUCCCUCUCUCCGUCUUCAAGCCCAUGCCCGGGGAGAGCUGCGACCUGUCUGCUAUCUCGCCCCAGGAUUCCGGGCAGCGCGGGUCUGCUCGCUGUCGGCCAGUGACAAAGUGGCUCGAUGGGCAGUGCUGGGGUUGGGAGGGGGCCUGCUGGCCCACUUCCUGCCUCCACUCUAUGCAACCAGCCUCGUCCUUGCUGACUCCUGCCAUGACCCUUCAACUCUGAGUCGGGUCAUCCAUGACCGGCCCUGCCUGGAGGGAGGCCCAGGCCUGCCACCUCCCUAUGCACGUAACCCUCUGCACCUGUUUCUGGGACCACCUGUGGCUCCCCAGGAUUCUGUACCUUCCAACUGCCAGGGCCUCAGCCUCAACUGGAGCCUGGGAGACAGCAGCUUGGAAGUUGUGGAUACCACCACAGGACGCGUGUGGGCAGAAAACUCCCUGGGUCCUCCCUCCCGACUCUGCAAAGCGGCCCUCCUGCGUGCUUUCCGCCAGGCGGCCCAAGCCCUGGGAAGAUUUGACCUCUUGGCACUGGACACGUAUGAGGUGGCCAAGGCAGGGACAUACCGAGCUGCUCGUCAGGAGUUGACCACUUACCUGGAACAGCAGGACUUGGGUUCUUGGCCCUCCAAGCCUCUGGUGGGCGGGUUCUGUCACUGAACACGGGCAUCUGGGGGGUUGCUCUGUAGGCGUGUGUGUGUGUGUGUGAGAGACCCAGGUGGGGGGUUAUGGCAGGGAUUAUAAAGUAUGGGGGUUAUAAAGUACGUAUACUUGUGUAUGUAUCAGGUGGGAGGUUAUAAAGUGUAUGUGACCAAGUGGGGGUUAUAAAGUGUGUAUUUGUAUCUGAGACAUAGAUGGGGGGUUAUAAAGUGUGUAUGUAUAUGUGACAUGUAUAUAUGUGUUAUAAAAUGUGUAUGUGAGAAACAGGUGGGGGGUUAUGGCAAGGAUUAUAAAGUGCCCUGACAUUAAGGGACUGGGCUGGGCAUGAUUUAAGAAAGAGGGUCUAAAUUGUGGUAGUGAGGUAGGAUCACUUGAGACCCCUGGUUGGAAGCCAUGUGCUUUAUGAUUUGUUCUGAAUAAAUUCUUUGCUCUGUGCAGUUGUGGUUAGAAA